AGUCUCAGGCGGGACUCGGAGCAGCUGUUGCGGUGUCCGCUCAGGCUCAGCUCAGGGCAGGGCAGGGAAAGGGAAAGCUGGACUCCAGGGGCAGCGGGGCUGUUAGUUCACGUGCUCCAGCAGCAGGAGAAGGUCACAUGUGGCCAAAUUUGGUCUGCCACUUCUGUAUUUUGUUUUCAACUUCAGGCAUUAUUUCAAGACCUUUCCCUUGACUGGAUUGGUGGACGCUGUGGGGUAAAGUUGGGAAAAAUUUUGCGCCUAAACGCAAAUGAGGCUGUGUUUGCAAACAGUCGCGCAAAGACAAACAAGCGAGGCGGCGAUUAAGUGUCAGAAUUGGAGGGAGGAACGCUGCGCGGACUCGUGAUUAUGGAGACAACUCACUGAAAUGUCAUAAAAGCUGUGAUGCAACUCUUUCUCAGGACGCAAGUGCACUUUUAAGCUGCUGCACGGCUCCCUCCAGUUUUACGCAGGGCGUAGACCGCACAACCCCGCAACUCAGCGCGGAAAAGCCUCGCGCUGGAAGACGCAGGAACAACAACGGUGGUUUCCCAGACCAUGGCCGCCACCUCCCGGGACAGUUGCCUCUGGUUGCCCUGGAGACGGAUCCUCAUUGCGCUCUGGCUGUGCGCGCUCGGGACGCGUGGAGCCGAGGAUGGCAGCCCUUUUAACGCAGAGUCGUGGUUGAGGAUGUACGGUUACCUGCCUCAGGCCAGCAGACAGAUGUCGACCAUGCGAUCCUCUCAGAUUCUGUCCGACGCCGUCAGCGACAUGCAGCGCUUCUACGGCCUGCAGGUCACCGGGCAGAUGGACCCUCAAACCAUCAGCGCCAUGAAGAGACCUCGCUGUGGUGUGCCUGACAAGUUUGGAGGGCAGAUCAAAACCAAUGUUCGGCGGAAACGCUACGCACUCACUGGACAUAAAUGGACUAAGAGCCAUCUCACUUACAGCAUUCAGAACUACACUCCCAAAAUUGGGGAGUAUGAAUCUUUCGAGGCCAUCCGGCGGGCCUUCAAAGUCUGGGAGAGGGUCACGCCACUCACCUUUGAUGAAAUCCCCUACCAGGAAAUCAAAUAUGGACGCCGCAAGGAGCCCGACAUCAUGAUCUUCUUUGCGUCAGGGUUUCAUGGAGACAGCUCCCCGUUUGAUGGGGAGGGGGGCUUCCUAGCUCACGCCUACUUUCCUGGACCUGGGAUGGGUGGGGACACACAUUUUGACUCGGAUGAGCCGUGGACCAUAGGGAACCAGAAUGUACAAGGUAAUGACCUCUUCUUGGUGGCCGUGCAUGAGCUGGGCCAUGCCCUUGGUUUGGAGCACUCCAACAACCCCUUGGCCAUCAUGGCCCCUUUCUACCAGUGGAUGGAGACUGAGAACUUCCAGCUUCCUGAUGAUGACCUGCAAGGCAUACAACGGAUUUAUGGUCCACGAGGCGGUGGUCCCACCAAGGCCCUGCCAACAGUGACACCCCGCCGUCCAGAUCACAGGCCUUUUCCACCAACCCCUCGCCACCCUGACCGCCCUAGGACCACCGACAGACCAGACACUUACGGGCCCAAUAUCUGUGAAGGCAACUUUGACACAGUUGCUGUGCUGCGGGGAGAGAUGUUUGUCUUCAAGGGCCGAUGGUUCUGGAGGGUACGCAGGAACAGGGUUCUCGAUAACUACCCCAUGCCCAUCAGUCACUUUUGGAGGGGUCUGCCCGGUGACAUCGACGCUGCAUAUGAAAGGCAUGACGGCAGGUUCGUCUUCUUUAAAGGAAACAGGUUUUGGAUUUUCAGGGAGGCUAACCUUGAACCUGGCUAUCCACUGGAGUUGGUUGAUUUUGGUCGUGAUAUUCCUUAUGACCGAAUAGAUACAGCUGUCUGGUGGGAGCCAUCCGGCUACACUUACCUCUUUCAAGGAGACCGGUACUGGCGCUUCAAUGAGCAGUCCCGCUCAGCAGAUGUGGGAUACCCAAAGCUGAUCAGUGUCUGGGGAUCCUCGGUGCCCUCUACUCCUAAGGGAGCCUUUCUCAGUGACGAUGGAGCGUACACUUUUUUCUACAAGGGUUCCAAAUACUGGAAGUUUGAUAACCACCGUAUGAAGAGCGAACCCGGCUACCCCAAGUCCAUCCUCAGAGACUUCAUGGGAUGCAGUGUGGACUUGAAUCCAGACAAAGACACCGACUCGGGACGUAAAUACCCAGAUGUUAACCGGCCGCCAUUCAACCCAGACGCAGGUAAAGACAGUGACAAAGGCAAAGAUCGGCAUGAAGUGGAUCGCGAAGGGGAGGACAGAAAACCAGGCAAAGGCUCCGACAAGGACAAAGAUGAAGACUAUCGUGAAGGUCGUGAAGAGGACACGAACGAAGUGGACGUGGUGCUGAAGGUGGAUGACAGCGAGGAACGGACCAUGAACAUUCUGAUGGUGACCAUCCCGCUGGUCCUGGUGCUGUGCAUCCUGGGGCUGAUCUACGCCAUCAUCAACACGCUGCAGAGCAAAGGGGCACCCCGCCUGCUGGUGCACUGCAAGCGCUCGCUGCAGGACUGGGUCUGACACCUGACUAAAGGAUCCACUGGACUCUGAACUUGAACUGGACUUUGGAUACCUCCUCUUCUUGAAUCCGGAUCUCUUUCCAGUUAUCCAUCCAUCCAUCUCAAGGCUCUGUGCUCUUGCAGCUUGUAGUGGUAGUAGAUCCCUGCAGAUCCUGUACUGAAACACAGCCACACGCAUCAACCAUGUCCACAUUCACACACAGGCACACACCACAGAAACCUCUCUUGCCUCCCAUGGUGCUCUACAACAGGGUGACUGCAGUCUAUUUAUGAGAGAACUUUGCACAUUGUUUUUUUUUUCAUGUUUUUGUUUCGGUUCAUUCUGUGUGACUUUGUUUUGCUGUUAUUAUUAUCUUUUCUAAACCUGGAA